GAGGGAGAGCACGGACUCCGCGUCCCACCCGCAUGGACCUUCGCGCGGAGUUCCGGCGGUGGAAGGCGCAGCGCCUGAGCAAGGCGGACCUCAGCCGGAAGGGCAGCGUGGACGAGGAUGUGGUGGACCUUGUGCGGCUCCUGAACGCGCGAGAGCAGUUCUUCACCACCAGUUCCUGCGCCGGGCGCAUCCUCCUCCUGGACGGGGGUAUAAAUGGUUUUGAAGUUCAGAAACAAAACUGCUGCUGGUUGCUGGUUACACACAAACCUUGUGUAAAAGAGGAUGUGAUGGCGGCUCUGAAGAAAGCCAGUGGUGAUGCCGUCUUGAAAUUUGAGCCCCUUGUUCUUCACGUGCAGUGUCGGCAGCUGCAGGACGCACAGCUUCUGCAUGCGGUGGCAGUUGAUUCUGGUUUCAGGAACUCCGGCAUCACAGUGGGAAAGAAAGGAAAGACCAUAUUGGCUGUCCGGAGCACACAUGGCUUAGAAGUUCCACUAAGCCAUAAGGGGAAAUUGAUGGUGACCGAGGAGUAUAUCGACUUCCUGCUAAAUACAGCAAAUCAAAAACUAGAGGAAAAUAAGAAAAGAAUUGAAAGGUUUUACAGCUGCCUACAGCAUGCUUUGGCCAGAGAGACAAUGACGGAAUCACAUCCGAAGAUCAGAGAGAAAGAUAGCCCAGCGUGCUCUAAGAAGGCGAGAAACACAGCCAAAGCACAGGACACACAUGUCCCUGAGGAAAGUGAAAAAGAAAUUGAAAAUGAUGGCGACGAUGAUCUAGGAAUCAGUGUUACUCUCUUCCCUGAAGAUUACUAAGAUUUGAUUCUGAAGUAUUUUGGUCAAAUCUUGUUUGUAGUAGAUUUUAUAAAGCUGCUCUUCAUAAGAGUUUUUAGUUGUUGAGUAUAUUAGUUAUUGAGUGUUGCUGUCAGAAAAGCAAGAUUGGUUUUCUCUGCCUAUUUUCCAAUCUCAGGUGGCUUUUAAAAAAUACCUUUGUAUGCCGUUUGCUCCCUAAAUGUUAGGUGUACAACAAAUCACAACAAAAAUAAAAGGAUUUUUAGUGCCUCUCCUUAAAACUAAGUAUAACACCCUUUCAAAACACCUUAACAUUUGGGGCAUUUAAAUAAAAAUGUUAGUAAUAUUUCUCUCCUUUAACCCAGCAUUUAGAGGAAGGUCAGUUUGUUUCCUUUGUCAGGGAGUCCAGUGACAAGGUUUUCCCUCCUUUUCAACCUUUUGGAUCAAACAACAGAUACUCUUAUUCUUCAGGACAAAAUGCCUCAACCUGCUUUUUCUGUUAUUUCGCCCAGACGGGGGCUUGCCACUAGCCUGCUAUCUGUGCAGGUGGCCCCACUUUUUCACUGAGCCUGAUCAGAAAUGACCAGUAAGACCCGGGCUGCCUGGCAGGCAGAACGGAUGCACUGUGGAAAACUGCAAGCAUCGGAAGCCAUGGGUUUGGAUUCUGAGGCCACACAAAAGGUGGAGGCCCGCGGGCCGACUUCUUAACUUCUGAGGGCUUUCCUUUUGUGUGUAAUUCUAGUCCCUGCCUGCUUUAUACUGUCGGAGCACUAACAGGAUCCAGUUAAAAUGUGAAAGCACUUACUAAUAGACCGUAAUCAUAUAUGUUACUAUUUAUGUUUGUGAUAGAAUGAAAGUGAUUUCAUACUGUAUUUUCAGAGUAUACCAGGUUACAAGUGUUAUAUAUUUGAAAGGAAAUCCAUAGACAUAGAAUUAACAAAUUAUAAGACCAGAAUAUCAAAUACAAAGAAUUAUAUAAGGUAGUAACUAACCACUGAGGUAUUAGAGCAUUUCCUAGCACUUUUAUAAUCUGCCUGGCAAGUGCUAACGUUACAUAAGUUAUAUUUAAACUGGCACCCUGCUGCAUGCCUCAGACAGCAGUUGUGUGCUCGGCUUUACAACAGGCUCCUUUCAUAGCCAUCUACUCUCCUCCCAGUAAGUCAGCGGGGGUGGUAGCCAGGCAGUUCUAAAGUGAUUGUGGAGUUUUCUGUUUUCUCGUCAUUCCCUGAACUGAUCAUUUUUUGGAAUAUAAAGUAAGAAAACGUUACUUCUUGAUCUGAUUGCUGUUAAUAUUUCCACAAUAUUCUUGGAGUCUUCAGAUCCAAUUCCAGCCCCUAGUUCCUUGUUUAUUGUUCCAGAGGCAUUUCCUUUGGGUACCCUGCCUCCUUGCUGUCAGGGAUAGUGGUCACUUGUAUCCCUUAUGGGUCUCCUGAAUUCUGAAUCAUUUCUUUGUUUAUGGAGAACUCUUUGUUUUCUUAAUAGCUUAAUAGUAAACACAUUAAUAGUUUUCUUUAACAUUUAUCACAUCUUAAGAUCAUCUUUAGAAUUUUGACAAGAACCACUUGGCAGGGUCAUCAGGCAUUGCAUAUGUGUGAUAUAAACGUAUGUGAAAAUGCUUAAAUGUUUAAAAUGUGUUACAUUAAAAUACACCUUAUUAAUCUCCCUCAAAAUAUUCCCAGUGACUUUGAAGACUGGGAAUAUCAUUCUUGACACUUUCUGAAGCAGUUCUGGAAGUCCUCUAAUCUUUCAUGGCACUGUCAUGACUGCCUCUAGUCAGGAGCUUGGCCUGGCUCCUGGUCUAUGACGAAUAGUGACAAAGGAUUAAAUAAACAAGAAAUAUGGUUUUUUGGGUCCAAGAAAGUCAGGACUCUUUGGAGCUAAGACAAAGACUUCUCUGAACUGCUAGAACUUAAUAGAUUUUCAAAAAAUUUGGGGAGAAUGUAGGGCUAUAAAAGAAAUAGCCAAGGUAGGAGGCCUAAAGAUGAACAAGGCCUUGAGAAGUUAAAGCCAUUCUUAGGCAGUAAAUCUUGCUAAUUAAGAGAACUUUUAUCUCUGAGAUUGGCCAGUUAUUGCCCUACAAUUGGAGAAGAGCCAAAUGUCCUCACCUGCACUCUUGUCUUGCCCUUAGAGGUAUCACAGUGUCACAGACCAAUGCCAGCCUAUACUGUGACGAUUGGCAUGGAGAGUUGUACUUACUGUGUGUCAGCCAGCAGCUCUAGCCCUUGGACAGUCAAAAGUGGGUAUAUAAAGCUAAUCAAGUAAUCCUAAAGCCUGCUCAGCACCACUUUACAGCGGUCUCCAUCGUGCCUUAGUAUUCUGAAUGCACUCAAAACAACCUUUUGUGGUCAUUUUGACUUUAGGAAAGCCGGAAGUUGUGUGAUGCCAGAUCUGGUAAAUAUAGCAGAUGAGGAGGCACUGUGGUGGCUUUUAGGAGUCUGCCUUUCCGUUGGGUGGUGCUUGGCAACAUUCAGCUUUAUUUUUUAAUCAUGGUUCAUAUAUACACAAAAGAGGACCUGUAGAACUGCUUCAGAAAGUGGCAAGGAUUGUGGGAUAAGUGUGUUUAGGAGAGGUUGUUUUGAGGGGGAUUUAUGGCAGUCAUCUUUUACUGUAAUAAAUUUUUAAAAACUUAAGUGCUCACUGUAUUUUUCAUUCACCACUUGUGUAAUUUUUAAGAUGCCAGGUUCUCAUCAAGAGUGAAGGGUAAUAGCCAGGCAUUCCCAUAUACCUGUCUUUGGCCUACCCUCUGCCUCCUCUUGCCUCCAUCUUCUCAUUGAUUCUAGGAGGCAUGGCUCAUCAGACAGUGAUUCCCCGUCUUGCCCGUCCCUGUCCUAUAUACUUUGGCUCACUGGUAGACCUCCCUAGUAGAAUUGAUACCUAGUAAACUUGAUUUUCUCUUGUUAAACUUCAACCUAAGGAAAGCAGAUUUCCAUUGUAAAUUUUUGUUGUUGUCUGAGCCAAUAAAGUGUUAGCGUUUCUGGGUCUUCUGUGGCCUGGUCUAGAAUAUGCCAGGUGAUAAAAUCAAACAAAUACAAACAGGGACUCACCCUAGUGUUUUUUUCACAUCCUGAAAUCCUGAGCUGGUCCAUUUGCCUCUGUAUCUUUCAGAGUCUUAUGUUGUUUGUGAAAUAUCUGGACUUUUUAAUUGCACUUGGAAGAAAGAACAGGGAAAAGCAUACUUAACCCAUCUUCCAGAAGCAGAACGCUACUGUGUUCUUUUAAAAGUCGUGUAGAAGUUCAAAUUGCUGGGGUAUUGUUGGGGACUCUUGGAGCUCACCCAGCAGAACUUGGAUCCUUUAUUUUUAAUGCUGAGUUCCACCUCCCAGCUUUUGAGUCUUGGCCAUUGUCCCUUUCAGUUGCUGGCACUGCUGUAUCCCAAAAGAGGUGGUAAAGCCCAGUGUGUGUUUCCCAACCCCUACCCCCACCCUCACAUCCAUUGCCUCCCAGCCAAUCAUGGGAGCUCCUUUGCCCAGGAGCCGGAAAGACUCGGGUGAGUAAUUGUCAUCCAAACUCCCAGCAGGAUCUGCUGACACUGGGGCUUCACCUGACUUUAGCAUGUCACCACACCGUUAGGAGCAGCUCCUGGGAGCACUGUGAAAUAAAUCAUGUGCACUGGAGUGGUGUUUUGUAUGAGACAAGACCCGAAUACAUUAUUCUAAAGUGAUGGCAUAAAUCUGUUUUAAAUAUUUAUGUUAAAUAAUAGUUGAUACUGGGAAUUAGUGUUAUGUUAGAAAUGAUACUGGUAUUGACUUAAACUUACAACAGGAUGUGAACUGAAUUUAGGAUGGAAAUGACGUAGAUUUAAACAUUCUUUGAGAGAGGUAUGUUCCUGAUGAUUUUUAUAAUGUAUACUGUCACAAGAGGCAAAAGGUAGGGACAGUUAUCUCAAAGUAAGGAAGAACACAGUAAUGAAGUAAGGGACUUUGUUUAGAAGUACAGUUUGGGAGAGUAUCGUUUUGUUUAGAGGAUAAGAUAGAGGUUCACUUGAUCGAAAAAUCCAAGACAAGCUCUUGCAGAUAGAGGAAUGUGGAAGAGAACAGAGGCACUCCCUGAGGAGUAUGAAGUAUCCAGUGAUGUGGAUAUUUCAGAAAAGCUGAACCCCUGCACAGGGUAUACAACGAGUCUGUGUUUCCUACAUAGAGCUGCACAUCAGCUACCCACAGCCAGAACAUGCUUGGUUUCCGAAACCAGAGUCUGUAGACCAGACUUUAUUUGAACAGCACAUUUAAGUGAAUCUGACAAAAUCAGCCUAGCAGCUUUAGAAUCCAUUAGCAACAGUGUUGAAGACAGAAUGAAGAGAAAAAGAGACACAAUCGUGGGUUGCAGUGUACCUGUGCCCUGGGCUGGGGGCGCGCACCUUUUAGGCAGAAUACAUAGAAGCUUCCAAUAUACUAAUCAGUUAAUUUUCUUUCCUGUCUUUGGGCCUGGGGCAGCUUCCAGAGGGCCUGGCAAUGUGCACAGCUGUGCAAAUUGAACUCUACCACUCAGGAGGGGCCGUUCCUCUAAAGAAGCAUCAGGGGCGGCCCCUUAAGUUGUGCAGUGCACAUUCUUAGCUAUGAGCUUCUGCAGCUGUCUUGCCAGGAAAAGAUUUGGGCAGGAAAGAAAACCCACAGUGUCAGAGUGUCCGGAACAUUUUUCUCAGUUAAUGAAUGUACUAGGAAAAUGUCUACCAGAGAGGUAAAUGAAAAGAGAACCAAAGUUAAUCCCUAAAUAAGAACAGUAGGAAAAGGAUGGGGAAGGGCAUCCCAUGAUGAAAGGACAAUGU